CCAUCUUCGUGGCACAGCGCGUGGGGAAACUCGGCUCCUGCCACGAGGCUCCUGCCCAGCUCGGUGCUGCUGUGGGGCGCACGCGAAGAGCGUGUGGUUUUAAAAGGAGGCGCUAGGGCCCCAGGUUGUGUGUUUUGUUUUGUUAUUUGACCACGAUAUCUGUUACGUACUAAUUUCCUUUAAGACUUGUGAUGAAGUCAGUAAACCACAGCCUGCCACGAGUGCUCUCCAGGCUGGUGCUUUCCACUGCGGCACGCACUUGACAUGACCGUUCCCAGGUUCGGCAGGACAGUUACACUCGCUCUCCGGCAACAUGGACCAGAGGGAGAUUCUGCUGCAAAACCUGGAAAGGGCCCAAGGCAAGAAGCUCAGCCGAGAAGAGUUUGUAGACGAGUUUUUGAAGCUGAAAAGGCAGUCAACAAAGUACAGAUCGGAUAAAAUCUACCCUACAGCAGCAUCUGAGCAACCAGAGAACAUCAAGAAGAACAGAUACAAGGACAUCUUACCCUUUGACCACAGCAGAGUGGAGUUGUCCCUAAUCACAUCAGAUGCGGAUUCUCAUUACAUCAAUGCCAACUUCAUCAAGGGCGUCUAUGGGCCAAGAGCAUACAUUGCAACACAGGGUCCUCUCCCCACCACUGUCAUUGACUUUUGGAGGAUGAUUUGGGAGUACAAAGUCCUGAUUGUGGUCAUGGCUUGUAUGGAGUUUGAAAUGGGAAAGAAGAAAUGUGAGCGGUACUGGGCAGAGGUGGGCGGCCCUCCCCUGCAGUCUGGUCCUUUCUCCGUUGCCUGUGAAGCUGAAGAGAAGAAAAAUGACUAUGUCAUUAGGACUUUAAAGGUGACCCUGAAUGAGGAAAUCCGCACCGUCCACCAGUUCCACUAUAAAAACUGGCCGGACCACGAUGUCCCCUCAUCCAUUGACCCCAUCCUGGAGCUCAUCGGUGAGAUUCGUUGCUACCAGCCGGAUGACAGCAUCCCCAUCUGCAUCCACUGUAGUGCUGGCUGCGGGAGAACAGGAGUCAUCUGUGCAAUCGACUACACCCAGAAGCUGCUGAAGGACGGAAUUGUUCCAGUGAACUUCAGUAUUUUUAGUCUGAUUCAGGAAAUGCGCACGCAAAGGCCUUCCAUAGUGCAGACCAAGGAGCAGUAUGAGCUGGUUUAUGAUGCGGUGAUUGAGCUCUUCAAAAGGCAGAUUAAAGCACUUGAUGCCCAGGAAGAUUCUACUGCUUCACAGGUAAAAACAAGGCAUCCUGUAGCCAAGCCACUUCUGACUCCAGUGGAAGAUAUUUAUUCUCUGAGAUUACUAACCUGCUCAGAGCAAGAGGAACAGGAUGUGCAUCAACAUCUUCCUCCAGUGGUACAAAGCAAAGAGUCCCCGACGUCAUUGUCUGCCACGGGAGUACACGGCAGCUCUGCGUGCGGGGUCCCUCCCAUCAGACAGGCCAUCUCCUUUGGCACUUUGAACCUCAUCAACUGCAGGAAGGCGGCUGCCGCUGAGAAGUGGGGCGCUGGGGACACUCUCCAGAAACACCACAGUUUGGAGUUCAGCAGCAUCUCUCCUGAGCAGCUGCUGCUGAACCUGGAGCCGAAGGGAGCAGGCAGGAGACGGCCUCGUGGUAGGCCACCUCUGACACGGACUGCAUCGACCCCUUUUGUGCUGGCACAGCAUGGAGAAUGCUGGGAAUGGGAUGGAGGGGGUGUAAAGCCUGGUUUGAGUUCACAGCUGCCAAAUGCCUGUUCCUCAAGCUUUCAGGUGAAGAAGCAGGACAGAUUUUCCCCUGUUGAGCUGAACCAUUCGAGCCGAGAUGCAGACAGCCACCCAAGCCAGAGGAACCGUGGGCAAUAUCCCUACCCUUACUUCUCCUCAGCAGAAGACCCCUACUUCUCUUCACUGUCUCCAGAUGACCCCAUGUCCCUGGUGUUUAGUGAGUGCUUUGCAGAGGGGCAGGAUGCACUUCUUCCUUCUUGCGCCGUGAGUGCCCCGCUGCAGCCUGCCGUGGCCAGCUCCCCACCACCCAGGCCUGUGUCCCACCACGCUCCCCUGCUGAAUGAGGAGAGGAUAUCCUCCCCACCCACCCUGCCACAGCCGGAUGACGAUGAUCCUCCACCCCUGCCCAAGCGAACCCCCGAGUCCUUUAUUGUGGCCGGUGAAUCUGGACAAUUUCCUCUGGCCAGUUCUGAUUUUCAGCUUCCAGACAGAGACACAAAUAUCAGAACCUCUUCGGAGUGGAGUGGUGAGUCUCACUCAGAGGUGUUUAAUGACUCAGUGAGACCGAGACCAUGCAAGAGUGUGAAGCUUCGGAGCCCACAAACAGAGACAACCCGGGAUCACUCUAACUCUCCUCCCCCGCUUCCUGAAAGAACCCCAGAGUCAUUUGUUCUUGCUGAUGCAACAAGUCUGCAGCCUGCUGUAAGACAUUCUACAAGUCCUCCAGGCUUGGAGAACAAUGCUUCUGAAACAUUGACAAAAGAGCCUAUGAAAUGCUUCAGGAGAAGCAAGAGCUUGAAAAUAUUGAAAAAUGUGAAAAAGAGCAUCUGUAGUCCGUCUUCACUGACAAAACCAUCAGAAUCUGCCCCGUCAAACCACUCGAGGUCUUUCCUUAGCUUUGGCUUUGCAAAUCGAUUUUCAAAACCUAAAGGACCAAGAAGUCCACCACCAGCAUGGAAUAUUUAGAUAUGUUUUAUAGAUUUGGCAUUACAGAUUGUGAAAUCCUCCUUGAGUGCUCGUCCCAGUAAGGUUUCCAUCAAAAUAAAUGCAUCAAAAGCUGUUGCAGGAUAUUUGCAGCUCAGGCACUACUUUCACAUUCUUCAUCAACUCAAGUUUUAAAGAGAAGAAGAAUAUAGAAGUACCAGCAGCUAAGCACUUUUGGUUAAUUCACAACAGGAUGGAACCUAAAGAUGGGAAUAGAUAUUUUGUCCUCAGGAGGGAUACGUUUUAUUGUGUUUUGGAAUGUAUUCACUUGAAAAGGAUGGAUUUGAGUGUUCUGAAACAAAGCAGUGUAAACUGGUAUAUAGGAUCCAGCGAAGACUAUUGAACGACACGAAAGGCCAACGGAGUGGAGCACCGCAGAACAAGACUCUGGAUCUGCGUAACUUCGCUCGCAUGUGUAGGUCUACCAUAACCAAAGAUCUGCACUUCCCUAUAUGUUUACAUUACUUGGGCUGAAAAAGAAUUAGCAUCUCAGGUUUUAGAAAUAAUUUUUCUUUAAGUUUUUUUUUUCAUCUCAGUGAAUCAGAUAAUUUGCCUAGAUUUUUGGUCAAUAAGACUAAGAUGCUGAUUGAUGAUAUAGAAACUAAACCAGUGUAACAAGAAUGCAAAAUUAGCUGACUCAACUGCCCUCACUAUCUGAAACAAACCAAACCAAACCAAAACACCACACCACCACAGCAAGCAACAUAAUAUUGAAUUUUUAAAGCAAUGCUGUUUUUAAGGAUUUGUGACUCUCCAGAACAAAAUUUCAGAUGAGUGUCUUGAAAGAUGAGAUUUCUAGACAGAUCCCUCACCAGACUCCACUGCUAUUUAACUCCUCAGUGGGGAGGGAUAAAGAUGCUGAAAACUGCUUUAUAUGAUCAUUUUCCUGUCGAGAGAGAGGAAAAGAAAGUGGCACUUGGGGGAUUUGGUUGCAAAAGGAAUCUGCUGACCACUACUGGAAUUGAGAACCCAAACUGGUUUAAAAGCUACCUUUGCUGGAGCAAUGGCUAAUACAGCCCAGAGGGAGCCUGUCUUCUUUUUCACCAAAGUCACCUGUUUUCUCAACAGCAGAAACCAACAAAAGACCUUACGUAAAUUAUAUUCCUAUGCAAAUAUCUCUGUGUUGUGCCAAACCCACUGCCAUCAGGCAGUGAAGCGGCCUGGACGCCAGCGAGGCUGAGACUGGAGGAGCGCCUCAAUGCCUUCGCACGGCGGAGUUGGGCACGGGGGCCAAGCCUGUCCCCACGUGCUGGGCCAGCGGCCGCCAUCUCACCCCGCCAUCUCACGCCACCUAAAGCCCCGCCAGAACUGCAGCACCAGCUGCCGCACGCCAACCGACGGCCGGCCUUACCUCACAUUUUACAGCGCUGUUGCUUGGAAAGGUGUACCAAAAUUUGGUGAUCGUGCAUUUAAUUGAUGAAGCAUUUUAUGAUGUGUGAGAGAUGCCGUAAAAAUAAAGUUUAUUUAUCAGCCUGCA